CCCCCGUUCUUACAUUCCUUUUAUUCUGGUUUUUGAUGACGUUGAUGAUUGGAACCCCCGUCCUUACGUUGAAAAGGAACGGCGGUUCCUUAAUCGAGUCAUCUUCCUCUUCGUCUUCCACCCUCUGAGCAGCCUCGCAUCGAUUCUCAGUAGCACAAUGGGAAACAGAUCUGGAGCUACCGUGGCUGCACUCUUCCUAGUAUUGCUUUUGUCGCCUGCAGUUUUUUCUGCAUCCCAUGAUGGGAUGGUCAAAAUUGGACUCAGAAAAAGGAAGUUAGAUGUAGUUAACCGUCUGGGUAGGCAAGGGGAAGCUCAGAGAGGUCCUGUCAGGAACUACUAUCUUGGUAGGAAUGUUGGGGACUCUCAGGACAUUGAUAUCGUUUCGCUGAAAAACUACAUGGAUGCACAGUAUUUUGGUGAGAUUGGCCUUGGAACUCCUUCCCAGAAAUUCACUGUCAUAUUUGACACUGGAAGUUCUAAUCUGUGGGUGCCCUCAUCAAAGUGUUACUUCUCGGUUGCGUGCUUCUUUCACUCCAAAUACAAGUCGAGCGAAUCUAGCACCUACAAAAAGAAUGGCAAAUCUGCAGCUAUUCACUAUGGAACUGGUGCGAUUUCUGGAUUCUUUAGCCGGGACCACAUCAAAGUCGGAGAUCUUCUUGUUAAGAAUCAGGAUUUCAUCGAGGCAACCAAAGAGCCCGGCAUCACAUUCUUGGCUGCAAAGUUUGAUGGUAUACUUGGACUUGGAUUUCAAGAAAUCUCAGUUGGCGAUGCUGUACCUGUCUGGUAUAAUAUGGUCGAUCAAGGUCUUGUCAAAGAACCAGUAUUCUCUUUUUGGCUGAACCGGAACAUCGAAGGGGAAGAAGGGGGUGAACUUGUGUUUGGUGGAGUUGAUCCCAGCCAUUACAAGGGAGAGCAUACCUAUGUUCCUGUGACGCAGAAAGGCUACUGGCAGUUCAAUAUGGGUGAAGUUCUGAUUGGAGAUGAACCAAGUGGAUUCUGUGGCAACGGUUGUGCAGCCAUUGCUGAUUCUGGAACCUCAUUAUUAGCAGGCCCUACAACUAUUAUUACCCAAAUCAACCAUGCAAUCGGAGCCGCUGGUGUCGUAAGCCAAGAGUGCAAGUCAGUUGUUGCACAAUAUGGAAAAACCAUCCUGGAGAUGCUCUUGGCUCAGUCACAACCGCAGAAGAUCUGUUCUCAAAUUGGUUUAUGUACUUUUGAUGGGACUCACGGUGUUGAUAUGGGAAUUAAGAGCGUGGUGGAUGAGAAUGGAAGCACCUCAUCAGGCAGUGUACGGGAUGCAUCGUGUUCAGCUUGUGAGAUGGCUGUUGUGUGGAUGCAGAACAAGCUCAGACAGAACCAGACAGAAGAUCAGAUCAUCGACUAUGUGAAUCAGCUCUGUGAGCGGAUUCCCAGUCCAAUGGGAGAAUCAUCUGUUGAUUGCAACACUCUCUCUACCAUGCCCAAGGUUUCCUUUACAAUUGGGGGCAAAGUAUUUGAUCUCGAGCCUGAGCAGUAUGUUCUGAAAGUUGGGGAAGGUGGUGCAUCUCAGUGCAUCAGCGGGUUCACUGCUUUGGAUGUAGCUCCUCCUCGGGGCCCUCUCUGGAUCUUGGGAGACAUUUUCAUGGGCCGCUACCACACUGUGUUCGACUACGGGAACAUGCAAGUCGGAUUCGCUGAGGCAGCUUAGAAUUGACUGGUGCUUAACCUAUCAUAUAGGCCACGGCCUAAAGCAGACAGAGACCUGUUUAUGUAAAUAUUGUGGAAUGAAGUGCUCUCUGCAUGUUUCUUUCAUGAGAGCUACUCUUUACUCAGUGCAAGUGUUCCGAAAAGGAUGCACACUUUCGAUCUUUAUUUCCGGAUAUAUGUAAGGGCCAACCUUUAACGUUACUCUGUGCGUGUAUUUGCUAUUCACUGCCUUUUGAUAGAACUAUUGAAGUUCCGCUUUCAUCC